CUUAACACUUCGCAGAGCGCUGAGACGCCACACUGAGCUCUGGAAGCUAGCUGUGACGGACAAAAGCCACACACACACACACACACUUGGCAUGGAUAGCAAAGUCCUAGCGCUGGUGGCCCUGCUGACGCUCGCCAUAUGGAGCCCAGAGACCGACGCUAAACCCAUCAGUCUGGUGGAGAGAUGCUGGUGCCGAUCCACUCUCAACACCGUCCCGCAGAGGAGCAUCCGUGAGAUCAAGUUCCUCCACACACCCAGCUGCCCCUUCCAAGUCAUUGCCAAGCUGAAGAACAACAGAGAGGUCUGCAUCAACCCCAAGACCAAAUGGCUGCAGCAGUAUCUAAAGAAUGCCAUUAGCAAAAUAAAGAAGAAGCGCACAAAGUAAACGGCUGAGGAUGUGCGAGGAGGACCACCGUGCAUCUCUGACCAAAGAGGCACCGGUCCUCUCCUCUCGCUCUCUUUGAUCACUCCUCCUCUUUCUGGACUGCUUGCACAAACAGCACUUCACCUGAACCUGGCUCUCAAGCUUCCAGACAGCCUGCAGCUCACCAAAACACAAGCCAACGCCUUCCUCCCGACGCACCGCUUCUGAGGCUGCGAUCACUGACUGAAUCAAGCCGCUGAAUGUAACCGUGAACGUUUGAAUGAGAAGGCGAGAGAGAUAUCUAAAGGACAGUAAACAUGAGAGUUUGUGUCAUAGUUGCGAGGGACGUCUAACCUUUAGGAUAGUUUGGGAUUAAUAAGGGACAUAAGCAAGUGAAAAUGAAGCAGACAUUUAAACCUGCCCCGCUCAAGCUUUCACUUUUUGUUAUUUUGCUGCUCAUCGCUUAGUAGAAGUGUUUAAAAGCUCACCAGCACACAUGAAUGAUCCGGCAUGCUAACGCUAGCUCUGUUCCAAAUCCUAGCGAACCGCCUGCUGAACAAAAAACUGCCGUACAAGCAGUUUUCGCUCAGAAAUUGCUAGUAGAUAUUACAAUAAAUUACGAUAAAAUUGCGAUUGUACAUGAAAUUUUGAAGUAGAAAAGCCUGAAAUAGUCAUUUCUUUUAAGACCUUCAAAAAAAAAUUGUGGUGCAAAAAGCUGCAAAAUAAAUCGCCUUAUUAAAAUUCAGGAUAGCGUCAUUGUAUUUAACACAUAAAGCAAUCCCAGAAUGCACUGCGAAAAGUUUAGUUAAAAACCCAAGAUGGCAGAUGUGAAAAGCCAAUCAUAAAAAUACUUACAUUUCAUUAAAUACCCAAUAAAAACUAUUUUCCUCAGUAUUUUUAUGCUUAAACAGGACCUUGGUCAUGUUAAAUGCCAUACUGAAUUUAGGUUUUUGUCUACCGAACAUUUUAUUAAUCGUUUCUAUAGCUAAACAUUCAGUAUGUAGUUAAAAACUGUAUAAUCCAUUGUACUCCUAUAUCCCUCACAGCCUCGAUUUCAUUCCAGGCAAAAAAUAAAAUAUGACGCUAACCUACUGUAGGGUCUGUUAGCUUAGCAACAAGCUAACGCCAGUCUCUUUGGUUAAGAGUUAAAGAUGUCAAAACAUGUACUUAUUUACUUCCACGACGAUUAUAGCGUGGACUCGGAAAACAGCAGAUAGUAGUGCACUUAGAAGUGCACUGUGCAGGCGGCAGAUAGCAAUGCUUUGGAACAGAGAAAGGUUUGGGCUGCUAAUACAGGAAGCAGAAUCAUAGUUUCCUGCCUUCCGCUUCCUCUCUGCUACACGUGCGUAGCAAGCACCAGACACUGAAUUUCAAGAAAUAUGCAGUUUAAAGCAGAUAUGCUGUAUGUAUAAAGCAGGUGCCGUUAAUGCAAUCACGCCACGGCAGCUUAAAACUUCUGCUCAUGUGCAUCGAGCAACAUGACUCAGGCCUUAAUUAACAUCAUUUGCAUACAGAUCCUGUGUCAUACUGGUUGUGAUUCGGAUCCAACAGGACCGAGCAACAUGUAAAUAUUCUCCAGCACUAAAUGGCUGUCAAUAAAUGGGUUGAACAGGGACCAAAAACUGAAAAAUGCAAGCGAUUUGUAGGCUAAAUUAAUAUUGCUUUAUGUACUCCAUAUGUAUCAGUUUUUUUUUGUUGUUUUUUAGCCACAGAAUUAAAGGAUGUUACUGUGAUUUUGGUUUUCAUGGCAUUAACACAUUUAUCUAACCUUUUUUAUCUGUUCUGAUAAUGUUUUGACUCAAAUGCCCAAUUGCUGUAACGUUUUUGAGCCACUUUUAAAAAGUAUAGUUUGUAAUGUAAUGAUUUAUUUUUGUAUUUUGUAUUGAUCAACAUGAAUAAAAACACAACAGUACAAUAUGAAGGAAUUUCUAGAGUAUUUCACAGUUGCAGUUAUAAAAAGGUAUACAACGUCUAUAUACAUAUAUUAAUAAAAGGCUUAUUAUAUUUUAA